GAAAACUAAUAUAUUUUUAAAUAAUUAUUUUGUCAACUUUAAUAAAUAAUGAUUUAUUUAUUAUACAUAUUAAUCGUAUCUCAGGCCUGUACCUUGUGUUGGUCGGCCUCAUGUGAACUAAAAUGGGUGAAAACAGAUCACCACAAUCUACCCGAUCACUCAGUACUAGUUAUCGAUAAGAACCCGGCCGGCGAUUUUUAUGUGGCCCGAUCUUCGGUCAACGGUGUACUAACUCCGGGUAGGUUUAACCUAAAAGAGGAAACCUUUUUCUAUACAAUGGAUGGCAAAGAGUAUGGGAUAAAAGAGAACUUUGAAGUGCUAACUAAUCCCAACAAUUGUCAUCUCUCAUGGCGUCGAGCUUAUGGAGGAACGUUACCUAGAGGUUCGAUUGAAGUCGGAAAUGACAAACAAGGAGGAAAGGCGUAUAGCGCCCGUUACCAUGAACAGUUUGGUUGGAUGGUCGGCAAAUUUUAUAAGAGCACUAACCUUAUGUACUAUGGUUGGGGUGGCGGCGAAAAUAGUAAGCCAUCGUAUGAGAUACUAGUGUUGGAAGACAUACCAUUUGAUGAUACAAUUAGACCAAAAUGUAACAAUGCUAGAACAUUUGACCAUGAUAACUUUGUUUGUGUGUGCUCUGAGUCACAGCCAUGCGAUAAAAUAGAGGCGACGGACAAAACACCCGCAAAUGUUGUCAACCGAUGGACGACAAGCUUUUACGGCCAUCGACUGACCAAAGAUUCUUUAAGAUUGGAUGAUAAGAGCAAACCGGUGCCCAUUGAAACUGGUGAUCAAUCACAGGUCUACAUCAAAGUCAACAGAGAUGUCAAGUUUCAGGAGAUCAUUGGAUUUGGCGGUGCUUUUACUGAUGCCACCGGUAUUAAUAUUAAAGCUGCCGGUCCUAAACUGGCCGACAAUAUUAUUGCCGACUACUUUAGCAUAGAUGGCAUUGAGUACAACAUGGGUCGCAUACCAAUGGGUGGAUCCGAUUUUUCAACCCGUGGCUAUACCUAUGAUGAUAAUGGAUAUAUGCCUGUUGUUGAAGAUAAAACACUUUCCAAGUUUGCUCUACAACCGGAAGAUCUCGAUUAUAAGAUACCAUACAUUCAAAAAGCACAAUCACUGGCCACACACCCACUGAAAGUUUUUGGUAGUCCAUGGAGUGCUCCGGGAUGGAUGAAAGAAUCAUAUUAUAAAACAGAACCUGUAGUAGGGGGUCAUAUUAAAGGUCCGGUGGGUGGAGAAUAUUGGCAAAUAUAUGCUACAUAUUUUGUUAAAUAUUUAGAAGCUUAUAAACAACAUAAUAUAACCCAUUGGGGUGUAACCGUCCAAAAUGAACCGUUAGCUGGUGUGCCGUGGAAUUCAAUGGGCUAUAAUGCUGAGUCUGAAAGAGAUUUUGUGGCCACAACACUGGGUCCGAUUCUCGAGAGGAGUGGUUGGGGUCCCGACCGACUCAAAGUCAUGAUGUUAGACCAUAAUGUUGGUCUUGUCAAGGAAUGGGUUGAUAAACACUAUUCCAAUCCCACAGCCGCUAAAUAUACGGCCGGUACAGCCAUUCAUUGGUACGGUCACGACCCGAAAACUAUGUUGGAUGCACCACACGCUCAGCAUCCGGACAAAUGGAUUUUGGCUACAGAAGCGUGUGUUGAAGGUGGGGUCAAAUUGGGCGCCUGGGACUCGUUUGAUUUAUAUGCUGAUGAUAUCAUUCAAGAUCUGUUACAUUGGGUUACGGGUUGGGUUGACUGGAAUAUGGCAUUAGACUUGAAAGGAGGGCCCAACUGGAAGAAUAACUUUGUGGACGCACCCAUACUGGUUGACGCCGGCAAAAAAGAGUAUUACCGACAGCCCAUGUACUAUGCUUUGGGACACUUUAGUAAGUUUUUACCGCCCGGUUCUGUGCGCGUAGAAACACAAGUGGUUAACAAUAAUAACAAUCACUUGGCAUACGCUGUAUUCCGUACACCCGAUUCCGCAACAGUUAUCGUGACCUACAAUAGAGAGGGCAUUGAUGUUGAUUUGGUGGUCGAAGAUCCCAAAUCUUCGGGCAAAUUGAUUCAAAAGGUGGCGCCGCUGUCACUGCAAACUUGGGUUUAUUACGAUUAAAUAAAAACAAGUCAAUCAUUAUAUUUAUUUAAAACAAUAUUUAAAUA